AAGAAAACAAGAGAAACUCUUUUUCCUUCUUUGUUUAAAUAAAAAGAAUUUAAAACCCUUUGCCAUCACACAUCUAGAAUUUGAUAAAUCUAAUUUACAGAAUUACUAUAAUUGCUGGUGAAACUUUCCAGCUUAAUCUCUUCAAAAUUGGUAGGAAUUCAGAUUUGAUAGAACCCUUCAUACCAAAAAAACCCCACCUUUUUAUUUUGCUUCCAAACAAAAAUUGCCAUUAAAUAUAUUAGGUAGAUGACACUUUAUAGCAUAUUUCAACCUCAACCACUUGGUCAACCUCAUCAUUUUUUCUUGAUUAUUGCGCCUAAUUUUGUAUUUUGGUCAAUAUCCAUAAAACCAAAUUUCCUUAGUAUAUCUCUGAGUAUAUCUCUAGCUUUCAUAAUCAACAUGUAGAAAUUCAAAUUUACCAUUUCUUGCAGGAAUUCAUUCAUACCCUGAUUUCUUUUCUUGAUUUUUUUCCUUUCUAUUUUCAAGAUUAGUAAUUUUGGUUUGGUUAUAUGUUCCAAGAUCUGAUUUUUAAUCAAGAACUGAAAACUGUUUGGUUAAAAAUUUCAUUUGCGGGCUAUGAAUUUCAGAAGUAUGGAUGAGUUUUGGCCAUUGUACAUGAACCAACAUUCAAAACCAGCAACAAGACGUUGGCAUUUUGUUGGUACACUUUGCAGUAUUUUGUGCUUGAUAUACACAGUGAUAUUCAAUAAAUGGUUUGUGAUUUUUGUGCCAUUGUUUGGUUAUGGUUUAGCUUGGUACAGCCAUUUCUUUAUUGAAAAGAAUGUUCCUGCAACUUUUACACAUCCCUUGUGGUCUUUGUUAUGUGAUUUCAAGAUGUUUGGUUUGAUGCUUACUGGCAAGAUGGAUAGAGAAAUCAAAAGGCUUGGGAAAAGACCUGUCUUGCAGGGUUAUUGAUCCUUUUUAGUGAGGUCUCUUGUUUUGUUUGGUGAUGUACUUGUAAUGAUUAUCCAAAUGGUUUUGUUUCUGUUCAGAUUUUCAUAUGGCAACUCGAUUGUCUAGACUUACCUGGCUACCUGCUGUCACAUUUUUCAGUUUGUAAUUGAACAUGUUUUGGCAGA